GUUUCUUGUUAAGGUGGUUCUGGUAAACACCAUAUCCGGAAGCAGCCCAGCAGAGAUUUUGACAAUCCUCGAAUCUGACGGGUUUGUCCCAUUCAGCACCAAUGAGUCCUGGUGAUCCAGGUCCGGAUGUAAGCGGCUAUGCUGAUGCGACUCGGUGCCGUGUGUUGGGCUGUUAGCUUGUUAGCUUUUUAGCUUCCCGUGUUAGACAGUAAGUUUAUCAUUCAGAGUUGAAGUUUCCGAAGAAAAUGUCUCGAGGAGACGUCAGAAGACACUUCUUGUACAACCUACCGGCCCCUGUCCUCUGGGAAUUCUGCCGGGUAAUGGAUGGAUUGUCAGACCUGGACUGGACCCGCUUUGGUGAGCCAGAACCCGACAUGGGUUCAUUUCUGCGCCUGGGAAAGUCGAAAUUAGUUCUAGCUGCAUUUCCACCGGCGCACUGCAGGUUAACGGUGCCGGGGGCGGACGUUGUUAACCCGGGCCACGACCGAUCCGCUUCAGAGGUCCUGGGAGAUCAAGUCAACGUGCGAUUGGCUGAGAGGAAGGAGAGGCGGACCGACUAUGUCAUGAGCCAAUGGGCCAACAGGAACGGUUGCGUUGGUGAGCUGCUGGACCUGCUGGAGCAUCACCAGCUUCUCCACCCAAGAGACGUGAUCCUUAGCUGGGCAUUGUCUUUGAAGGCUUCUCCUCUUGCUCCUCCUCCUGUUAUACUUUCUCACUUUGAGAAGUCAGUGGUGGCUCCGCACACAAUGACAACCCACACGAUCAGCACUACAGUUGAUGAAAGAGCACUACCCCGACCAGCCCCACCCCCCUCAAGUUUGCAGUCUGGUCAACCUCGAACCCUCCAGGGCCCUCCGGUGGUUUCAUGUGGUGAUGCUGGCUAUGGGGUGAUGUGCUGGUCCUAUGAAGAGGUGCAUGCUGGAACCAAGGGGUUCUCGCCAGCACUACAGGUCGGUGAGGGGGGCUUUGGAGUCGUGUACAGAGCGUCCCUAAGGAAUACUGACUGCGCAGUCAAGAGACUCAAACAGGACUGCAUGCUGGACCUGACCGUGGUCACGGAGAGCUUCAACACCGAAGUGGAAAAACUCUCAAAGUUAAGACACCCGAACAUUGUGGACCUGCUUGGAUUCUGUCAAGGACCAAGUGUUUGCCUCAUCUACAGCUACAUGGAGAACCGAUCCCUAGAAGAUAAGCUGCACAACGUGUCUUUUGCCCUGGCCUGGAAUCUGCGGGUCCGCAUCGUUCAUGAAGCAUCAGCAGCGUUGCAGUUCCUUCACUCUCCUCCAGAUGGACAUAAGUCUGUCAUUCAUGGCGAUGUCAAGAGUUCAAACAUCCUGUUGGACCGCCACCUGGUGGCAAAGCUGGCUGACUUUGGCUUGGCUCGUUUUGUGUCUACCAACUCAUCGUGCCAUCUGUCGUCCAAGACAACCACAGUGGGUCGAACGUCCACGGUGAGAGGAACGCUGGCAUACCUGCCAGAGGAGUACGUGAGGAAUGGACAGCUGGGGACGGCAGUGGAUGUCUACAGCUUUGGUGUGGUGUUGUUGGAGGUACUUACUGGUCGGCGAGCUCUGGAGAAAGACAGGAAGUCGGGGGAUAUUUACCUGAAGGAUCUAGUCCAGGAGGUCCAGGAAGGCUUGACUGAUUCUUAUGCAGCUGCCUGGAGCAAACAGCUGGACCGGCGGCUGAUCACAGCAGGGGGAGCCACGGAGCUGGGCGGGAGCAUGCAGAUGGCGGCGCUGGCCUGCAGGUGCCUGGACAGGAAAUGGAAGAAGAGGCCUGCCAUGACUGAGGUGUAUAACAAACUUCAGGACAUCAAUGACUUGGUGAGGAAGAGCGACCUCCUUGCUCCUCACUGUGUUCCCCCUGGAUCCUGUGACUUUUCAGACUCCAGCGUGGAGGUCGUGACCCAGUGUUUGUCCAAACUGGGACCCCUAGAGGACACCUACCAGCCACCCUUAGGCUGCCUCCCCCUGCCUCCUUCCUUCUCUAACACCUCCUUCCAUUCUUCCAUACCUACUCCACCACUCCCUCCUCAGUACUCAUCUCUACCACCUCACCCAUCCUCCCUCCAUGCUCCCUCCUCCACCUCCCUCCCUCCGCUCACAUCCUCUCUCCAUGCUUCCUCCUCCUCGUUUGACGGUCCAUGUGAAACAGACGAGAGUCGAGGUUUCUCCCAGUAUGACCUUUCUGGUGGGAGCCAGUUCAACUGUAUGUUAUCCUCAUACACCAGAGACCAGUACCAUAAUCAACCUGGGCCCACAAAUUCCCAAUCCAAAAAGCUGUCUGAGGACCAGUAUAACUUUCAUGACAGAAUGGGAUCUGGUCUGUCACACAGGCCCCCCAGCAGCCCUCAGAUUGGACCAAGACUGGGACCUGUUGUCCCAGAAAUCUUUUCUCCUCCAGGUCCUCUCCAGUCACUGUGUCCACAGACCUCAGGCCAUGUAUUGGUUUGUACUUGUGGAACACUAGACGGUGUGCGUUCUCGCAAGGAAAUCAGGGGUCCAGAAGAAAGUGACGAACUGGAAUUUCUUGCUGCUACAAACACCUGACUGGUGGAUAUGAUGGAAACACAUGGACUUUUUGCUCAAGUCAACUUGUUUCGGCCAAGACACAAUCAAGUAUCUGGCCUACUCACAUGUUGUACCUGGAUUACAUCCUACUUGUGACUCACAAUGUGCUCACUUCCUGUCUGGCUGUCUGAAAUCAGAAAAAUGUCCCCUGAAAGCUUGUGGAAGAUUCACACUCCAAAUGUCACAUAAAGAUGACAACGGAUUCA